AUGCCAGAAGUUAACCGUGUAGCAGAGCACUACAACAACAUAAAAAGUCUGGGAAUUGAAGGACGAAAAGUCUCUGAAAUCAUUGCGGUCCGCGAGGUAAACAACUUUAUAAAGCUGAAACUGAUCGAGAAAUACAUCCAGAAAAACCACACGGUGUUCGACAUGGGAUGCGGAAAGGGGGGAGAUCUCUCAAAGCUGAAGUACGCGAACAUCAAAAAGUACUACGGAUGCGACAUAGCAGAAGACUCCCUGAAGGAGGCCUUGGAAAGAUCGCUCUCCCACAGAUUCAAGAUAAAUCUCAUGAACGCUGAUUUUACAAAAGAUAAAAUAGUUUUGGAAGAUAAGGUAGAUCUCGCGAUGUCCCAGUUCAGCUUCCACUACUCUUUUGUAGAUGAGGUGUCUGUGAGAAAAGCAGUGAUGAACGUGUGCAAUAACCUGAAAAAAGGAGGAGUGUUCAUCAUGACAGUUCCUGAUAAGAAUGUAAUAAUAAGAAGAUCAGACAGAAACACAGUGGACGGGUCAUUUGGCAAUAAAUACCACAAGAUCACCAUCAACAGCUCGUUUAAAACAAACAAGCUCUUUGGCAGGGGGUACAACUUCUUCCUGCACGAGGCAGUGACGGGAUGUGAAGAGUAUCUAACCGACAUAGAAUACUUAACAGAUCUUUUCAGAGAAAAAGGGCUGGUAAAAAUCCUGGACACAGACUUUCUGUCGUUUUUGAACAGCGAGAUGAACAACGAUCCAGCAACCUACAAGAGAAUGGUAAAGAAUACGCUAUCAAAGGAAGAAGUGCCAAUAAUAGAACUGUACAGAGCUGUGGCAUUCAGAAAAGAAGCAUGA